AUGGCCAACAUCAGUAACGAAUAUCUGAACUGGGCCUGGGUCUCUAUCUCAGCCUCGCUGUGCGCUGCAUUGUACCGCUAUCCGACAUACGUAGCCAGCCGUGCUAACCGGAGGUGCGUGUGGUGCGUAGAGUGGGAGGCUGCCUGUGGGCUGCCGGGUGGCACGGUGCUGCGCGUGCUGCGUGACGGCGGGGAGGCGAACGCGUGGUGCCGCUACCAGCGUGGGGAGAUGUCGCCUGAGAGAUUUGACGAGCUCUUCGGCGCCGACUGCUCCAAAUCGUACCUCGCCACGCCGGUGCCUGGCGCGCUCGCGGCGCUGAGGGGAGUGCGCGAGCGCGGUGUCAAGACGGCGCUGCUCACCAACAACUUCUACGUCCGCGGCGGCCACUUCCUGCCGCUGGACCGCACCCUCUUCGACGUGGUGGUGGAGUCGUGCGUGGUCGGGAUGAAGAAGCCGGACCCCAGGAUCUACUCGCUCUGCCUGGAAGAGCUCGGGGUUCCUCCAAGCGCCGCCGUCUUUCUCGACGACCUCGGAGAAAACCUGGCACCGGCUCGGGCCCUGGGCCUUCGCACCAUCAAGGUGGGGGACCUCAAGGUGGCACUGGCAGAGUUGGAGUCCCUGCUGGGCUUCUCGCUGUCCCACGACACCGGCGCCGUGCGCGCCGGCCUGGAGAUUGACGAGCGGGCGCUGGCUGCCUACCUGCACACGGCACUGGGGCUGCACGCAGACACCCUACUCGUGCGUCAGUUCCGGCACGGCCAGUCCAACCCAACAUACUACGUGGAGUGCGGCGACCGCAAGCUCGUCCUGCGCAUGAAGCCGCCGGGAAAGCUGCUGCCAUUGGCACACGCCGUGGAAAGGGAGUACAGGGUGAUGAAAGCUCUGGGAGCGGCAGGAGUCCCCAUACCACAAGUUCUCUCCCUGUGCGAGGACUCCAGCGUGCUGGGGACGCCCUUCUUCCUGAUGGAGUACACCGAGGGGCGCAUCUUCAAAGACCUGUCGUUGCCGGAUCUGUCUCCAGAGCAGCGCCACAAGGUGUAUUCCGGGGUCACCUCCGUGCUCAGCCAAAUCCACCAGGUGGAUCCCAGCUCCGUGGGGCUCACCGACUUCGGCAAAACCGGAGGAUACGUGAGGCGGCACGUGCAGAAGUGGACAAAGGAGUACCGAGCGAGCGAGACCAAAUACCUGCCCUCCAUGGAGCUGCUCAUGGAGUGGCUGCCGGCUCACCUGCCCCGAGAGGAGGCCAACCGCGUGGUGCACGGUGACUUCAGGCUGGACAACCUGGUGUUCGACGCGGAGCGGUUGGAGGUGCGAGCCGUGCUCGACUGGGAGAUGUCGACGCUGGGCGACCCGCUCUCCGACCUCUCCCACAGCUGCAUGGCUCACCAUCUGCCUCAAAAUUUUCCCAUACUGCCUGGGCUGAAGGACCGCGACCUCAUGGCGCUGGGCAUCCCAAGCGACGAGGAGAUGAUGAAGGCAUACUGCGCUGCCUCUGGCCGCCCACUCAUCAAAGACUGGCACUUCUACUUGGCCUUCUCAUUCUUCCGUGUCGCCGCCAUCCUGCAGGGCAUCUACAAGCGGGCGCUCUUAGGUCAGGCGUGCUCGGCGCAUGCCGAGGAGGCUGGCCAGUUUGUGGAGUUGAUGGCUGACAAGGGUUGGGGUUUAGCCGCACGGGAAGGAUUCCACAUCUUCAAGGAGCAGCCCAAGCCACUCGGCGGUGGCGCGGCAGGGCAAUCCGGCCGGCCCUACAGCACCAGCUGCCGCAGCACUUCUGUCCACCGCGCGCAAGCACCCAACUGCCCGCAGCAUGACCGCCGCUUCUUCGCUACUAGCGCGGGCGAGCCAGCCGCGGCGAGCGGGCGUGGUGACGGCGGUAGAGGUGGCGGUGGCGGAAUGCUGGUGCGAGAGGCGGAGCUGGCCCCGCCGGCCCACGCGACGGUGGAGGCCGUGCGAGCAUUUGUGGGUGAGCGCGUGAUCCCCGCGGAGGCGGAGCUGCGGCGUUGGGAGCCGCACCCGCCGCUGGAGCAACUCAAGGUUGGAACCCGACUCAUCCCGCACCGGCACAACUGCCUCGGCCGAUACCGCCACAUCACCGUCGUCGCCACUGCCCGCCGCCGAUGCCACUGUCAUCAUCACCGCCACGACUGA